AACAGAUGUUUAAAGGUUUUAGAUACCUGAAUAAGUCAGUAGGAACCCAGAUCAAGUUUCAGACUGCAAGGUAUCAAGCUCAUAUUAAUCAUUAAGUUUUCUGAUUCUGCAGCUUUAUACUUUAUUUAUAUUUUUUGAAAAUCCUACACGCCUUAGAAAUUUGACCAGAUAAACCAACCCCUUGUGGAUACUAUAAGUAAUAAUGUAAUACAAUGCACUGUUUACACUUUGACCAUAGGUCUGUAGUCAAAAGCUUCUGGAGUUACUUGAGAUAAGUGACGUAUGUGAGACAGAAGGUGCCUUUUUUUUCCCAAGGGAUGUACUAGCUUUUUCAUCCUUUAUUUGCCCGUAUGUCUGUUUUACUUUGUGAGGGGAAAGGGAACGCAUCUUCUAAACUGUCCACCAUUUACCUGGGUUUAUGGGAAGCAUUUGUGGGGAUAAACCAUGAAAACUUUAUUUUUUUUUUUAAAGUGCACCAUGCUGCUGUCACUUUUGCUUUACUGUUUUUCAUAUUGUUAUUUUAUUUACUUUAUAGAGUGCUAUUGAACCUGAAAGCUUUUAGACUGGGCAACCAUGUGUUUUGAUGACCUGGGGAAAAUGUUCUAGAAUGCUGUGAACAUCAAAAAAUUUCAAGCAUAAAUAACAUAUUAAAGUAGCUUGCCUAUACUAAUAGCAGGUAACAAUGCAAUCGUUCAUUAGAAACGAUCCAGAGCACUUCUAACCAGCCACUGCAGAAUCAUAUGAUGAUUGAAGUUGGAAGAGUCUUCUUGUCCCACCAAGACUGAUUCAGUGGCUCAAGCACAGCCACCUAGAACAUCUUGUUCAGGACCACGUCCAGAUACCUUUUGAACAUCUCCAAGGACGGAGACUCCACAAUUUCUUUGAGCAACUUUGCCAGUGCUCAGUCACCUGCACAGUAAAGCUGUUGUGCCAGACAGAACACCUGUUUUCAAUUUGUGCACAUUGCCUCUCAUCCUCGCACUGAUCACAGCUGAAAAGAGCCUGGCAUCAUCUUCUUUACACCUCCCUUUCAGAUGUUUAUAUAUAUUCCUAAGAUCCAUACCCCAAUUCUCCUUUUCUCAAGAAAAAGUCCUUUUCCUUUCUGCUUUGCUUUCCAAUCCAAUCACAAUCCAUGUGAAGCCAUCAUCAAAGACACUUUCUAGGACAAUUAUUUGCCCCAUUCCUUCUCCUUAGUCGAGCCUACAAUAUUUAACUACAGUUCUAUAACAGAAUUUCAAUAUAGUUCAAGGUGAAAGGGCUUGUCUUGUGGAAUCAAGCUGAAGCUAAGAAAAAUAUAUUUGAGAGUUGGCCUUACAUAUGAAAAACAAUUAUGUGUCUACAUUGCAAACACAGAGUAUGGUAUGUAAAAGCCAACUGCAGAACGACUUACUUUAAAAUUAAAAAAUGGUAACUUCUCCAAAUUGGUGAGAGUCCUUAAAGAUCUACUUCUCACCUUAGACCAUUUUAGAAGACCAAUUUUCAGAAAAUGUUGAGUAAUCUACAUUUUUUUUUCCCCUUUGAGUAAGAAUCUCACACUUGAGAUGUCACCUCCAACAGUGAAACUUAGUCUUCAAGUCUGUCAUGUAAAUGACAUAUACUAAACACCAAAGUUGAGGUACUGAUAUUUGCUCUGAAUGAAGAAAUUGACACAGAUAGAGUUGUUUGCAAGUCUGUUUUCCCUAAAAUUCCUGCAUAACUUUUACAAAAUACACAGCUGAAAAGCAAUAGCUGCUUUGUUAUAGGAGAUGGACUGUACAUAAACUAUAGCAAAUCCACUGGUUCCACUACUAAUCAUUCUCCGACCUCCAUUUUCAUCAUCUUCCCCCUUACUGCUGCUUCGCGUAUGAAUCAAUGAGCAAUAUUAUGCAGUAUCUAUCAAUGAACUUACGUUUCUUCGUUCUUAAACAUGGAACUACAUUCUUUCCUUCACAUGAGAUUACUACAUCUGCAAAGAAGUCUGAAAAUAAAGCAGCAUUGGAAGACCAAGUGUAACCUCAGCCAGUCUCCAGCACAUGGCAAUGAAAAUGAAAAAUAUUUAUUUUAUUGCUGGACUCCUUUUAAUGAUAGUUCAAGGCAGCUGGCAAAAUCCUCUUCAGGAUACGGAGGAGAAAUCAAGAUCAUUCAAAGCUUCCCAAUCUGAACCACUAGAUGAAUCCAGGCAGCUGAAUGAAGUAAAGCGUCAUUCACAAGGCACGUUCACCAGUGACUACAGUAAAUACUUGGACAGCAGACGAGCUCAGGAUUUUGUGCAAUGGUUAAUGAGCACUAAAAGAAAUGGCCAACAAGGACAGGAGGACAAAGAGAAUGACAAAUUCCCAGACCAUCUCUCAAGCAAUGCAAUUUCCAAGCGUCAUUCCGAAUUUGAGAGACAUGCUGAAGGCACCUACACCAGUGAUAUCACCUCUUAUUUGGAAGGUCAAGCUGCCAAAGAAUUCAUUGCUUGGUUAGUGAAUGGACGAGGAAGAAGAGAUUUCCCAGAAAAAGCUUUAAUGGCUGAAGAAAUGGGCCGAAGACACGCAGAUGGCACUUUCACAAGUGAUAUCAACAAAAUUCUGGAUGAUAUGGCUGCCAAAGAGUUCCUAAAAUGGCUGAUUAACACAAAAGUUACCCAAAGAGACCUUUUGGGAGAAUAUCAAUAAGAAUGCAGGAUAAAAAUGGGAUAAAUGAAGAUCUUCACUGCCUGAAUUGCCAGCUACGAAGAGAUUCUGAAAUCUAUAUUGUCAUUUACAUUGGGUGUAACAAAGCUAUGUCACCUUGCAUGCCAGGAAAUAAUUGUAGUUUCAUUUAAUGUUGCCAAAGGAUUAUAUAUGGAAUACCUAUCAUCUAAGGGAUGGUUAUCAAAAUAGCUUUAAGAUUAUGGAAGUUCCACUUCUUUAUAUUUUCCACUUAUUUGGACUGAAAUAACUCCAUUUAUAUUUACUUAUGAAAUUAUUUUUCUAAAAAUUGAUUUAUGCACGCAAAUGAUUCAAUCACCAGUUAUUAUCUAGGGCUGGCAGCUGUAAGUGUCUGAAAAGUGAGUAUCCCUGUUGAAACCUUUGUUAUAAAAAGGCUAAGCUUUAAGGAUAUUAAAUAAUAGCCUUAAAUAAAUUUUUUCAAGCUUC